AUGCGGCCAAUGCUGCAGAUCCUUUUCCAUAUUUGGGUGCAUUGCCAAGCAAUGCGGCCCGAUGUCGCGGCUUCAGACUUGAAUUUGGAUCUUGACUCCAGACUGGCAACACAGUUCCAUGCGCAGACAUCCGCUCUGGAUCUGUCGAGCCAGGAGCUCGUUGAUGAGCGCUUGGAAGCACAAAAGGCCGACACCUUGCAGAAAGGGAUCGAAGAUUGCAGCUCUGCGGAGACCGUACGAAGCAUUCUAGAGACACUGAGAUGUCCAGGAGAUCUGACAGGAUCGGACUUCUGCACAUGGCCAGGGAUUGUUUGCAAGGGCUGCUACGUAGUCAAGGUCGAAUGUAAGCAGGCGGACGGACGUUUACCACGGGACCUUCACCGAUUAAGCCAUCUUCAGCAGCUGCAGCUCGAAUCCACCCAAGUCACUGGAGACAUUCAAGCCGUCCAAAAUCUUACGCGGCUGCAGAGGCUCAACAUCGCAUUCACCCGAGUCACAGGAGAUAUCGAAGUCUUCAAAUCCACACCCCAGCUCAGGGUGCUUAAACUUCAGUCAACCAGUGUCACUGGAGACAUUCAGGCCUUCAGAAGCACUCCACGUUUGCAACAGAUGUUUCUCUACUUUACUGGAAUCACCGGAGACAUCGAAGCUUUCAAGAACACAUCUGACCUGGUCUAUUUAGACCUUGCCGCUACCGGAACCACUGGCGACAUCGCAGUCUUUGGAGGCACUCCUUUUUUGCAAGGUCUUGUUCUCUAUUCAACCAAUGUGAUUGGAGACAUCAAAGUCUUCCAGGAGACUCCAUCAUUGUCCCACCUGGAACUGUGGCCUACAAAGGUCACUGGCGACCUCAAAGUGUUUGAAUACACUCCGAAUUUGUGGCAUGUUGUCCUAUACUCCACGGGAGUCGCGGGUGACAUCCACGUCUUCGAAGAGAAGACGUAUCUGGAGGAGCUUCAGCUGGGAAACACUGGAGCAUAUGGAGACAUCCAAGUCUUCCAAGACGUUCCACGUCUACAGACCUUAAACCUCCGGUCCACGAACGUGACAGGUGACAUGCACCAGAUCCGUCUAUGGCGUGAUGUCAAAACCGUGGAUCUAUCGAAGACCCUGGUCAGUGGUCGCAUUGACCGAGCAUGGCGCGGCUGUUGCCAAAGUCUGCAACGAUUGAAUUUGGCCGAAUCCAAAGUGAGCUUCUUGCCGACGGGGAAUGAUGCACUGGAGCUCAUGAAAGUUAGUUCCUCUGACUUAGACGGCUUUCUUCCGGCAUUAACCAGCCUGGAUGUGAGCAGAUGUCUUUUGCAUGGAGAACUGCAGCAACUUAUUCAGCCUCUCAUGGAAUGCAAAUUCCUUUCAAAGAUUGCGGCGGCAGGAUGCAAUCUGACAGGUGAGCUCGUGCCUACCAGUAUUUUUUACAAGGAUGGUUCUCCCCGCUAUUAUAAAUAUGCCUCGCUGUGGUCCUCUUUGGUGAGUCUUGACAUCUCUGCUAAUACAAUCAAAAGAGUGGGUGGCUUGCCAAUCUCCAUCGUUAGCAUAGACCUUUCGAACAUGUCCAGCGAGCUGGUGAUGGACCAUGGCAUCCUGGCAGCCCUUGUGAACCAAAGGGUCCGAGCCAAUUUGCGGAUGACCGUUCUGAAGGGCGACGAGCCAAAGCAGUUGAUCCAAAAAGGUUUGCUGAAAGCUACUGAACGAUGGGUGACCUCAGGUCUUGGAUACUCAUGUCACAACUUGGUGGGCUCGACGAUGGAUGUGACCCCUGAACGGUUUGCUCCUGAGCUGCUGUGUGGGUGUGCACGCGGGUAUUCUGGCCAUGGCACCACCUGUCUUGCCUGCGAGGCCAACUUCUUUAAUCCUGAGCUGAACCAAAGCCAAUGUCAACGAUGCCCUCCAAACAGCAGAAGUGAUGCAGGGUCCCCGAGCCUGCAGUCGUGCCAGUGUUCCAUGGGGAACCCAUACAACGGCAGCAGGGGUCUCACAUGCGCUUGUGGCGACGGAGACGCUUUGCUGGGCGAUGACUGUGUCUCCUGUGAAAAGCUCAAUCUCAAGUGCAUGGGCCAUGGGAACAGCGCAGCGACAGCUCCACCAGCAGCGUCCUUCAUGCGGUUACGCCCCAAUGCUAGUGAUGUCUUCCAAUGUGUCGAUCCUGCUGCCGUUCGAUGUCCCGAGAAUGUGUCGAUGUCGGGCUGCGCACCGGGAUACGACGGCCCUCUUUGCGUGCUUUGUGCUCAGGGUUUUCAACCCAGAGGCAAGACUUGCCAACCCUGUGCCAACAGCCAGACUCCUUACCUACUUUGGUUUGGCCUUUUGGGGCUUGGUGACAUUUUCUUGGCAGCCGCCUAUGCCUAUCGGAGGAGGGGUGACCUUCAUCGUGUUCAGGAGACUGGAGCAGCUGCAGUCCUGAUGCAGCUCCUUUCUGCACAGGCCCCGAUGAUGCUUCAGCUGGUCCAGCUUUGGGUGGUGCUGUCCUGCCUGGCGAAGGAGGGCUUGGAUACCGAAGUGAAGAAGGGGCAAGGUAGUUUCACCUCUCACUUUCCAGAGGUAGCCUAUCUUGAGACCUUGGAACUCACAGUGGACAGCUGGCAGGAGUGGUUCAAUAUUCAGUGCUUCUUUGAUCCUGUAGUCAUUCACUCGGCCUCAGCAUUGGCAGCACCGCUUCUGCCACUGCUUCUCCUGGGCUUGUGCGCUAUGAUCGAGCUCUUUUCACGAAGUGAUGGAAUCAAUCUGGCCUUGAAGAUGCUAACACUCUUCUUUAUUGGAGGAGCGUCGAGCUCAGCGAAGCUUCUCAAUUGCCAAGACUAUGAUGGGGGAGGUGAAAAGAGUCUGGGAGAGGACUCCUUUCGGCCUUUGUUCCCACAUCUCAAGUGCAAUGACUCCAAUGGCUUGGCGCUUUGGGUCGACGGCAUUGGAUACGCCACGGUUUUCGCCUAUGGCAUGGUGAUCCCCAUGUUCUUGCUGAUGGUCAUGGCGCGACAGCACCUGGCUCUCCAAGAGAGUCGACUGCUGGUGGCCACCGCCGAUAUUGGAAAACACACCCGGGCCCUGCGCAUCGAGCGGCUCCGGCGAACCAGCGAAGAGACUCCGGAGCCGACAACCGAGCUCGGUGCCGGGCUGAAGGACGAUGUGCUUGCACGGCGUUUACUGGCAGCUGCUGCGGUCCACAUGGCUGUGGAGAUGCGAGGGUCAAAGGUGCAGGUGGAGCUGAAGAAGGAUUUGGCGAUGGUGACCGUGACUCCGUUGAACGCAGCGAGCGAUGAGGAUCAGGCAGAUUCCGCUGUUGAUGUGAGUGAGAUGUUGGCAUCCAUGGUAGUGGUCCAGGAGAAUUUGGCUGCCCUCCGAAGCCGCACGGUGAUGCAAAUGUUGACAGAGCGGAGCAUGCUCCAAGACGAAGUUUCAGAUCGAGUCGUGCUGGGCGCGAAGCAGCUGCUGACCAAAUACGCCAUGUGCCAGCAUGUGUGGAUGGAAGUUGCCUUAAAGCUGGUUGCAGUGGCCUUGGUGUCGGUUGUAUCUGCCGACAUUGGCGUCACUGGACUCUACUUGGCUCUGGCGCUCACGCUUGGCAUGGCCGCAGUCAUUGCUAUGGUCCAUCCUUAUUCUCAGCCACAGCUGAAUGAUGUGCAGUGCCUGUGCUUUGUGAGCCUGGCCUUGUCCGCUGCUGGCUUCCACUAUGGCGUGCCCUGGAUCUCGCGCCUGGGCCUUGGAGCGCCCUUCUUGCUUUUGUCGGUGCAGGUCUUCAAGCCGGACAGCGUGGAAGCCUUAGCUUUGCGCCUCUACGAGGAGUUGAAACACCAGUCGACCGCUUUGCAGCGUGGGCAGCCUGCAGUUGUCUCGGUGUCACUGCGGAAGUUCUUCUGA